CUCGCCGCUGCGGAGGACGGAGACGAGGCGGCGCUGGGCGCGCAACCCGGAGAGGACUGGAGUGCAAGGCCGGUGGCAGCGGGGAAAGCGGCCGCGUGGCCUGGGAGCCAGGCUUGCAGCGCCAAGCAGCCACCGGAGCUGUGGCAGGAGAUUCUCAGCCUGGCCUUUGAGAUGAUGGGACUGGGAAACGGGCGUCGGACCAUGAAGUCACCGCCCUUCGUGCUGGCUGCCCUGGUGGCCUGUAACAUUGUCUUGGGCUUCAACUACUGGAUUGCGAGCUCCCGGAGCGUGGAUCUCCAGACGCAGAUCAUGGAGCUGGAAGGCAGGGUCCGCAGGGCGGCCGCCGAGAGGGGCGCUGUGGAGCUGAAGAAGAACGAGUUCCAGGGCGAGCUGGAGAAGCAGCGGGAGCAGCUCGACAAGAUCCAGUCCAGCCACAACUUUCAGAUGGAGAGCGUCAACAAGCUGCACCAGGAUGAAAAGGCGAUUUUGGUGAAUAAUAUCACUACAGGCGAGAGGCUCAUCAGAACCCUGCAAGACCAGUUAAAGGCGCUGCAGAAGAAUUACGGCAAGCUGCAGCAGGACGUCCUCCAGUUUCAGAAGAACCAGACCCACCUGGAGAGGAAGUUCUCCUAUGACCUGAGCCAGUGCAUCAAUCAGAUGAAAGAGCUGAAGGAGCAGUGUGAGGAGCAGAUAGAAGAAGUCACCAAAAAGGGGAACGAAGCUGUGGCUUCCAGAGACCCGAAUGGAAAAAGGGAAGACAGCCAGCAGCCCCACGCAUCCAGUGAGCCUCAGCCCCGGUUGCAGGAAGCAGGCCUGUCUCAGGCAGAGGGGCCACAAGGGAAAGGAAACACGCCCAGUAGCAGCAAGCCCCAGACACCACCCCCCAGUUCAGAGGCGGCUUUGGAUGUGAGGAGAAAGGGUGAGAAAGAGGAGACCAAUGACAUUGAGGUCCGCAGUGAGGAGGAGCUGCGGAGGGACAGCCUGGGGCUGCCCCGGGAGCCACACCAAGAGCAGGCCGUGGAAGAAGACAGACAUGCAGAAGGAGGAGCCGUGGGACACGCUGGAGACCUUGGCCCAACCCCGCAGGUGCCAGCCACCCUGCUGUUGAGCCAGGAAAACCAGGAGGCGGAGGAGCCUGAGCGGGACCAGCUCGUCAUCCGGGACGGGCAGGAGGAGGAGCAGGGAGCUGGCGAAGAAGGGAGAAACCGGCCAAAAAUGGGAGGAGACGAUGACUACAACAUGGACGAAAAUGAGGCCGAAUCGGAGACAGACAAGCAGGCGGCCCUUGCAGGGAAUGACAGAAACGUAAAUGUUCUUAAUGCUGAAAGUCAGAAAGGAGACAGUAAAUUUACUUGAUCAGCAUGAAAAGAGGAAUCACGUACUCUGAACCAAACUGGAAUCACAUACUUCGUGUCAGGAUUGAACAGCGAUAACCACAGAAUCUUCACGAGGGACUGAAUACUGUGAAAUGUACUAAGUAAAAUAUACAUCUGAAGAUGAUUAUUAUGGGAUUUUAGCAUGUACUUUAUGUAGGAAAGUGAGAUUGUUUUUUAGAUGUUUUUUGGGGGGUUACUUUUGAAGCAUCCCUAUUAAAGAUGUUAAAAUGUG